AUGGAAUGGGAAGGCGAGGCUAGAAUUAAAGGUCCAGAAUGGCUACACAAGCCACUGCUCACAUUUAGUCUUUUUGGCCUGCAGCUGGUUUGGAGCGUAGAGCUCUCAAUGGCCAGCCCAUAUUUGCAAUCCUUAGGCCUAUCUAAAGCUUCUAUAUCUUCUGUCCUCCUAGCAGGGCCACUCAGUGGUCUAGUAAUGCAGCCAACGAUUGGUGCACUCGCAGACAGCACAAAGUGCAGAUUCGGCAGAAGGAAGCCUUAUAUCAUAGCUAGCGUGCUACUCAGUUCCCUGAGCAUCCUCCUUCUCGGUUACAGUCGCAAAGUAGCUUCUAUUUUCACCACUAUCAACACUCAACCCAACGAUGACCUCACUAUUUACCUUGCUGUUCUUGCCGUAUACCUCGUCGACUUUUCCAUCAAUGCAGUCCAAGCUGCCGAUCGAGCACUCAUCGUAGAUACCCUGCCAUCCUUUGAACAGGAAGGCGCAAAUGCCUGGGCCAGUCGCAUGAUCGGUGUUGGUAGCUGCAUCGGUUACUUCAUCGGCAACAUCGACCUUACUAGAUACCUUUCCAUCUUGGGAGACACCCAGCUUGAAAUUCUGUCAUCACUUGUCGCUUUCUUUGUCGUGGUCACUCAUUUUCUCACGUGUUUUAGCGUGUCUGAGAGGAUCCUCGUGAGAGACCAGGGCACAACCAGCAUAAAGCAGGUAUUCAAGACUCUCUUUACCACUAAACCACCUCCCAGAGUACGCAAGUUGUGCAUAAUACAAUUCUUCGCUUCAAUGGGAUGGUUCCCAGUCAUGUUCUGGUCAACUUCUUACAUUGGAGAGCUCUAUCUGGAUGAUAGUAGCCUGAGUGAUGCUGAUAGCCGGACAGCAGAUGAGGCGACGCGAGUUGGUACGCGCGCCAUGCUGUUUCAGGCUAUCGUGUCUUUUUCAACCGCUGUCAUACUCCCUACACUCAUAAUACCACUUGUCAAGCCCCAGGGAACUGUACAAAAGACCCGUAAUACACUCUCGAAGCUCAUAAAAAAGCUUUUACGGCCAUCGCUAUUGGAUCUGUCUUCUAUGUAUACCAUGUCUCACAUUGUCUUCGCGGUAGCCAUCUUUAGUGCUAGCUUCUCGUCUUCUUACGUCGUUUCGUCGGCAAUGGUUGCUGUUGUUGGAUGCACUUGGGCGCUCGCCCAAUGGGCGCCUUUUUCUCUUCUAGGCGAGAGCAUACUCUUGGAUGCGAAGAAUGGGGAAAUAAUGUACGAUGCGGAAGACGUCGAAAGAGAAGUACUGUUUGAUAGCAAUAGUUCUAGCACCGAGCAUUUGCAUCCACCAUUACCCCUCCAAGCCCCGCCAAACGCCAUCGACGUCACUUCGUCAAGCCAAGCUGGUGUCAUGCUUGGUAUACUGAACGUAUCUACGGUCGUACCUCAGUUUUUGAUUACUGCAAUCUCGUCGUUUAUCUUCUCCUUCAUAGAGCCGAAGAAAAAUGGUCUUGAGCAUAGAUCGGCUGGUGCUGAUUUCGAAAACACUAAUACAAGAGGUAUAGGGAUAAUCAUGCGGAUAGGUGCAUGCGCGGCACUCGUGGCGGCUAUUUUGAGCUACAGAUUUACCAAGGAUAGGUUGUCUCGUAGAUGA